GGCCAAUUAAAAGUCGGAUUGUGCCACACGGUCAUAUUGUGCGUUUUGAGGGUUUAAAGGAAGUUUUGUUGUAAAUGAAUUUUUAACGCAUAGUUACCUACAUUAAAUUGGCAAAUACAGCUUUUAUUUGUAUUUUUUUUAAGAUACCUGUCUCUUUUAAGGUGUCUAUUGAGUAAGUCGACCGCGAGCAUAAUGCUGCGCGUGUAAUGGGCACCGCCACGCACACCUCUCGCGCAGCUCGAAGCACCCCACAUACUCGCGCGACAUCAAUAACAAUGGCAAACCGUAUGUGUGUUUUGGUAGAAGACCUGUGUUUGAAGCUGGAUGUUAUGAAAGCUUAGUCGCCGUGUUUUAGGACUCGUUUCAUUUAACAUUUCGAUUUCUGUUCGUCCAGAGAGAGAGGAGCUCUCGUUUAUCGGUAUAGUUUCCAUCCUCACAUAUUUUGUUGAAAAUGUGCGAGGCGCUGUUGGCAAGCUCACACAGUCUGUGCAUGUGUGUCCCUGCUGCUUUUCUGCUGCUGGGCUACAGCUACUAACCUAGCUGCUGCUGCUGCUGCUGCUUUUUCACUCGGUGGUUAGCUAACGUUAGCCUAACCGCGUUUAUUGACUUCAGGGGGAAAACAUCCGCGAAUGUAAAGCGUGCGUCUUUAAUCGUGUUCGUGACAGCCGCUCUUAACUAUUCCUCAAUCUUUCCUGUCGGGUUAUUACAAAAGUGUUGUAUGAUUUGUCGCAGAAAAUACUUUGCUGGCUAGCUAACAGGCUAGCUAUUUGUGUGUAUUCUUCGACUGAGAAAACGGCGAGUUUUCUUUGAAAGUAUGGAUGACCAGACCAGGAUGAUGACGGGUCUCACCGGACUCGGUGGACUACCACAAGGCGAUGUCGGCGACCCAGACUCGGUUAGGAAACAGCAAUCCCUCGGUCAGCCUCAACAAGACAUAGGGGAUAUCCUACAGCAAAUAAUGGCCAUCACCGACGAAAGCCUGGACGAAGCACAGGCCAGGUAAGGCAGGCAGGCGAAGAGCCAUUUUCCACAAGAAGGCUAAGCUAUAGUGUGCAUUGUAUUCAUCUGAUUUUGCUUAAGGAGUGGAGCUUUUCGCAGAAAUACUGGUGUAUGGUUUCCAUUAUUUCCAACAUUGUGUUCAUAACUGUUGCGCUGUAAUUCACUCCCACUAAAAAACAACAACUGUAUUUUGACAGAAUAACAAACGCAUGACACCACUCUUGUUGCAUUAGUUUCAGAUGAGGUUCUUUGUUGCUAAAAAGCCAAAAGUACGCCUUUUAAGUGAGGAAAUGUACUCUUUAUUGAAAGUAUCCCAAUCUUAAGAAGGUUUAUCUUUGACUGGUUUUGUUGAAAGUUUCAUCUAACUGUGUAAAAAAUGUCAGCAUUAAUGACAUGCAUCUAACAACUUGCUGAGUACAAGAGCUAUUUUCGCGGAGCAAAGGUUAUCUGGGUUGAAAAACAAAGUAGUUCAACGAGGAUAGAGCUUUUUAUAGUAUAAAAUCUUGUGUGAAAGAUACGUAUCUUAUGAUUUUUAUUCCUCUAUGUCCCACAAAGUUGGCAAACUUCCUUUUUGAACUGAUUUGUAAAGCUACCAAGAACCUCCCCAAAGAUAUACAAUGAACUUAAAGAGAUUAUUGCAUGGUUUAUAUGGAAAAACUAAUAACAUUGUCUUUAAAGCUUCUGAAUAGUUCCUAAAUAUGUAAACUGGAUUUGCAUUAUUUCAAUAGGAUGUAACGGACAUGGUGCUACACCUCAAAUAUGAGUCAAUAACACUAGUCAUUGAUAUGUAAAUUAGGGUGAAAUUAAAGAAGAUGACUCAAUUGAAGAGUAUCUGUGGUGACAGCAGUCAUUAAUAUAUUGGACUCUUCAUGUAUGAUCAUGUUUGAGUUUUUUUUUUUUCUUCUAAUAUAUAUAUAUAUAUAUAUAUAAAUAUUGUUGGGAGUGUGCCCUGUAGUGAGCAACUGAGUCGCACUCACUUGCCAUGUGGCUAAAGGAGCAUAAGGUCAGUUUCAGAAGGAGCGUCAGUAUUAUAACAAUAGACAACCGUCCACUGCAAGACUGUGGCCACAGUGUGAUGUGUCAUUAGCUAGUGAUUUUCCACCCAACAUUUGACCACCUGGUUCUCUUAAUUAAUUCACUCCUCUUUCACUCCCUCCCUCCCUGGUGUUCAUCCUUUUCAUUGUGUGCUGGGUGCAAUCAAUUCUCCUAUAAUGUGUACGCGAGUGCAGCUGUCCGCAAAUCGAGUUUCUAUUAAUGAGAUAGUGGUGAGGGGGAGGGAUGAUGCUACACCCGCAGCCUAUGAAUACUGGGAUAUUACCAUUUCUUUGGUACAGUUUGAGGACUUAAUUAGGAUUUAUUUGAUUGAGUGUUUUUGGUUUUGAGUAGUCUUGUGAAAGUUAUCAUUUUUUCUUUUAGGGCUAAAGAACCAGACUGUAUUGUAUGAUCUGUGCUGAAUUUUCAGUUAAGGUUGUACCAGCGUGAAUGCAAGCCAUUUGAAUCAAAAAGCCAAAUAUAGUCAAAUUAUGUAGCAUGCUUUAUAUCAGCUGAUAACAGGCUAAUACGUAGGUGUGGCUACUUUAACUGUGAGUUGUUUAAGUUGACAUACGUGUUUAUUGACUCUCAAGUAAGGCAACCCUACCAAAAAGUAAUAGCAGUUUUCAUGGCACAACUCAUUUGUGGAAGAGUAUUCGGGGAAUGUAAAUCUUAAUCCUUGAUGCUGUAGGAAGGAUGAUCAAUAAAGAUCAUGUUGAUAAAACCUUCACCCAUUUUCAACAGUACUUAUUGAGUAUUAGCUGAUCCACCACCUAGUAUUGAGAUGUUAUCUGUUUGCAUAUUGCCUACAAGGUUCAAGUUAGGUCAAAGGUUGAACCAUUACUAGAUUUCAGGUCUGUUUACAGUUAGAAAUAGGUUAGCAAUACAAGUAAUUUCAACAAAGUCUAGUCUUUAUCAACAUCAUGCCCAACUCUGAUCAUCAUCUUCAAACCCUCAGAUGGAUAUCAUGUGCAAAUUGACAUGUGAGGUGUGUUGCAUGAGCAUAACACCCUUGUUGGUAAGGGUGGCAGUGUGUUGGGAUGGGGAGUGGCCAGGGCAGCGCAAGAACUCGGUGCUGCAGAGUACACUUCCUGCGCACCAUCCGCCCUCAUCCUCUCACCCUGUCGCCAUAUGUUCAGAUGCUGGCCAGAGGAAUCGCCGGCGCAUUGGGGUGGAUCAGACGACCCCACAGAGGGAGGGAAAGCAGGGGGGGGCAUGGCAGGGGGUGGCCUGCCACUCAACUUCCAGCACAGGUCAGUACAGGACCGCAUGAGCACCUCCUUCUCCCCCUCCUGCUCAUUCCCUCCAUGCUGAUGGCAGCCCUCCCCCAACUCAAAUCCAGCAGUGAUAGAAUUGGUGAACAAAAUUACUCAUUAAAUCUUAGACACAUUAGUCUGAACUACAUUCUGCCCCAUUAUUCUCACAGAAAGGCAGUCUUCAGGAUACAUUAAGUAUUCAUACUAUUUGGUAGCCCCCUCAUUUCUACUGCUGUGGACAUUCACAACUGGAAUUGCUGUUGAGGUCAGGCAUAGCCAAAUCAUAUUCAUCUGUGGUUGUUUUUUAAUGUGCAUUUGGCAAUGUCUUUGAGAUGCUUUAUUUCAGGGGAUGUCCAGGUUGCUCUUGUUUCAUGAUUUUCAAAUUCAUGCUCAAAACAGAGGCUUCAUGAUGGUUUUGUGUCAAUUGUCACUUAGCUUUAUCAAAUAUGUUUCCUAAAUCUGUACUGAAUUUGCGUUUCUGAAACCUGUUUUGUAAUAAAUGAUGCACACUCAUUUUAAAAAUUUCACGUUACACAACAAAUGUCUUUUAUUCUGUGUUAAAAAUAUGUGAAGAGGUCAGAUAUCCAUACAAGAAAAUUAUAUACAGCACUAGCAGUGCGAUUAUGGCGCUUGAAGGAGUUUCUUAGCUAUGUCUAUACACUGACAUAUCUUGUGUGUUUGGUCAUGUUGGUUUGCAAAAUGUACCUCAUUUGUUGAAAAAGAAAUCUGUAAUUCUCCGUCCUUGAGUACUAAUGCACCCCCUUAUUUUGAAAAUGUAUGUUAUCACAGUUCCUAAGUAGAAGUCAGUCAUUCAGGGUCCCAUUUUCACACAUUACGUGUACAUGAAAGCUUUUUGGGUUGCAGGAGAAAACAUUUGAAUCAGAAGUGAAAAAUGUUGGUGCUGUGGUGUUUUUAUCAGAAUCAGAAUAUUUAUCCCUUGGGGGAAUUUCGGUCAUUACAGUAUUACACUUGCUCUUGAAAAGAAGGAGAAUAGUAAAAGGAGUGAAUAAGAAUAAAUAAGAAAUUGCAAUGGUGAAGAAUAUUAGAAAAAAAGCUAUUUUCGAAGCGCAGAGUUUAAAAAAUAAGUUUUGUACAAGCAUAGAGUAGGAAGAGUGUACAAAACCAGUUUGCAGCAUAGGAUAUUGAGUAUUAUAAAGUAUUGAAUGCAGUAAACUUUAAGUUAUUUAAGGAAAUCAAGAAUUUCUGAAAGUAAUUUUAAAGUAACCCUCCUGACCAGCUCACUAUGUUUUUCCGUAUUGUAUGAAAAAUUGACAGCUGUGUAUUAAUUGUAUAGGCUGCUGCUCGGUGAUCAUGACCUUGAGGUUUGGCAUCAUUACCUGUCCCAUAGUACAGCGCAUCCAAAUGACAACAUUGCUCUGGCUAGUUCAGACUGAUGCUUCAGGGAUGUUUUUUGUGCUGACAAAGGCAUUUUGCUAUUGACGAUGCCUUUUAAACAACACGGCUCUGGCUAUGUUGCACUGAACUCUUGAAAUACUGUAUGCACAACACAUACAGCUUCUCUACCUGUUGUGAAGGUGGGGGACAUGGAAUGACUUCAGAUAGAGGUCUGUGUUUAUUGUAAUCUUCCACGCUCUCCCUUUCUUAUUCCCUCUUCUCUCUUACAGGAAGCAUGCCUUGAACUGUCACAGAAUGAAGCCAGCCCUCUUCAGCGUUCUCUGUGAGAUCAAAGAGAAGACAGGUGAGUUUCUUCUUCACUCGGUCUUUUGUAUUCUCCAGUUUGCACAGCAUCUAACCUAGUGUUGUUGAGAAGUAGUGUGUCUUUAAUUCAGUUUCCCUGACACUUUUUUUUAGUUUUCUCAGUCUCAAAAGAGAAUUCAGUUGAUUUUAUAUUGAUGGCGCGUGAUGAAAAAUUAAUCUAGUUGAAUGUUCGGUGCGAGUAAUGGAUUUGGGAUUAUUCCAAAUAUACACCACUGUGUUUUGUCUUGGCCAAGUUAUUGCAGCAACUUAAACUGUUUCUGGCCACUGUCCAGACGUCACACUGGCACUGCUAAAACUGAAUUUAGCAUAUUGGUGUAUUUUAAUCUUGAGUUUUAACUUUCUGCAGGACAAACCAACAGUCCUCUGCCCAUAUUUAUAUUUUUUAGGUUUUAGUUCAAGCACAACCUGGUGUACAUGAAGGGAAAAACAUAUUCGCUUGCUAUGACAGUUUAUUUCUGUCAUUGGUGGAGAUAAAAAAAAAAAACUACAAAAUUAUGCUACCAGAACUAUAUUUUACUUGAUUCAAGCAGAGGAAUAAAAUCCUUCUGACAUGAAUGUGUUGGGGCCUCAUCCUCCAAUUCACUUAUUAUCGAAUAAUAUGUUUGAUUUGUUUUUCCAUUAAUAACUUAGUAGUAACUUCCCCAAAGAAUAGAAAACAUGUCAACUGUAUUUUGACAGUUCUAGACCAGAUGUCUUGAGGUUGUUUAAUCAUAAAAAUCAGAGGUCCAGAAUGAAAGAAAUACAGUAAAAUCCCAAAACUACUAAUAGGGUCAGUACUACCACAAGCUGUUUUGAGUUUAUCCUACAGAAAAUUCAUGCACAGCAGCUGACUGAGAGCACUAGAUAUAGGAAACCCCUCAUAGGCUAUUGCUGUAUAGUUUAACUGAUACCCUACUUCAGUACUAAAGGCUGUUCUGCCCUCACACAGUGCUAAAAAAUACAUAUUCGUACAUUCACUCUGGAAAAAUUCUAGAAAAUUCCCAGAGCUUUGCCCCCAUUAUUGACCUUAUUUCACUGUUCACACAUGCCCCCACACAGUGCAAAGUCUUCCCUGUUAGACAGAGACCAUGGGGGGGGAUCUCAAGGGACAGUAAUAGCAUCAAAUAGACUCUAGGGUAGUCCCACUCAUAAACUUUUACAUUCUUUCCCUAGCUCGAAACAACAGAAUUGUUUUAAUUUCUUAUUCUGUUUAUUUUUUCGUCAGUCCCUCCACAGCUGUGUUAUUUAUUAUUGUCAAUUAACUUAUAUUUUAAUAAGUUUGUACAGAGUCAUACACUUUGACUACAGCCCUUGCUUUUAUGACAAUACUGCAAGUAAUAGAAAAUAUCCACAGUAUCAUACUGGAGAGGAGCGGUAAGCAUAAGGCAGUCUCGGUAUCUUUCGUUGUCAUUUUUAUUUCAUUACAUGUUGCCUUUUUUGAGUUUACACUGGUGUUCUAGAUAGUGUUCCCUAUUAAAAUGUGUUAGCAAGUGGCUCUGCUCAUGCACUAGCCAUGAUCCACAGAGUAGAAGACGAGGAUGCGGUAAAAAUUGAGUAUCAUAUCUCUCUUUUUGCUGAAGGAUUUUUUUCACUUUCAUUUUUUAGACUGUUUUACAAGUUUUACACAAGUGCACCUGUGUGCAAAACUGUAGAACUGCAACAGCUAGAAUGUGCCUAUAUGACAAUUUGUAUGCAGGGAAUUUUCCUGAAGAUUUCCUGCUGUGUUCUCACAUUAGCUCACUCUGAUUUUUCUCUGAAAUUAUACUCAGGAGCUGGCAGGAAAUAUUUAUGCUGGGGUUGUGGUAUAACACUCGACUGUUUUGGUUCACACAUGCAGCUCGGCUGAAUAAGAUUCUGCUUGUCUGGAGAGGGCUUUAGCAGAGGCCAAUUCUGUUGGGAGAAUUAAUUUCUGAGAAAUUUAGUGUGUUGUCUUCUGCAAAACACAAUCUAGAAAGCAGAAUAUAUCUCGCCACUUCCUAAACUGUACUGGAAGUAAAGAAAUAACUAUCAGAUGUAAAUUAUUGUGAAUACAUCAGGAUGUUCUUGUUCAAAACAACUACUCCAAGUACACAUACUGGUUUUCUCCUGCUGUUAGCGAUUUGAGUCAGCUAUCUGACAUAUUCCAGUACGGCUCAAAGGUGCAGGCCUGGGAUGGAUGACAGAUUUAUGGUUAUGGUAAUGUAAAUGGGAUGCAUUUCUUAUCUCCUCCUUUUGCCAUUCCUUCUGUGUUCUUGUCCUUUCUUUGUGCGUUUCCCUCUUACACUUGCUGUGUGUGCCUCCUAAUAGCAAACCUCUCUUGUUCAAACACAAUUUGAAAAUGCUGCACUGCUGCCUGUUGUGGCCCUCUGUCAAUAAUGUAUUAUUGCUCUCCAGUGAUUGGACCAAAGUAAAGGCUAGGCUUGAGUGAGUGGGGCAGGGUACACUGUUUCCCAGGCAACCAGUGGUCUUAUUUACCCUAAUGCCAUUCACUUUGAUUUUCACAUUUAGUCCCCCAGUAAACCAGAGAGAGGGUCUAUGGGUACUCAUACAUACAGUAAGUUAAACAGAGACAAGGCGUGGAGGCUGGUUAACAAUACAUCUAUACAUUAAGUGAAUAUGCCAGCCAUGUGAUAAAAAGAUCUUUGCCUGGAGUCUGCUGGCCAUCUGCCACACAGUGCCCCCCUAACUACACUGUGUACCUGCUUAGGCAUUUUCUCUGCUACUCCAUCAGACCCCCUGCAGGCCCCAUUAUGUGCCUGUGGAAUUUGAAUUGACUUCUCUUCAGUGCAGCUUGUAGAAGACCCAAUCUGUAGUCCUCUAGUAUCUCCACAGAUUUUCUGCAGUCUUUUUUUUUUUCCGCUAACAAACAUGUACUUGUGUCGGCACUCCGCCAUACACACUCUCUUUUUUUAAGACGUGCACGCGCGCACACACACACACACACGCACACACGGCGAACAAGGAUAAAAGCUAACCCAGGCUUGGGUCUACUCCUACUGCCUCGGUCUUGUCCUCUCCCCCUCCCUCCUGAUGCCUCGCUCCCAUUCUUGAAAGAGAAGACUUGCUCUGAACUCAGGGCUUUGAUAUGGUAAUGUAAUGGUGGUGGAGGAGGGGAGGUGGGGGCAUGGGGGAUGGGUGGUGAAUUCCUCUGAGUGCUGCAGUUCGUUAGAUUGUUUUCAUUGUAAAGGAAAUGUUCUGCACUAAUGCCAGUACCCCUCUCCUUCCACCACCUUAAAACACCCGGUUUUUCAACGCUGCAUAAACUGUCCUUAGCGCUCAUUUUAAACAUCGCAACCAUCUGCUUGAAAUUCAAAACUUCUUAAUACUGGAGAUAGUGUACAGAAAAAAAAUGAAGCACUUGGAGAGAGAUUGGAAAUGAUCAAAGUUGAGAGCUGGUGGCUUUGCUUCAACUCAGUUCUGUUCUCCCUCACUCUCAUGGGUAUUUGCUGUAAAAAUAGCUCUUGGUGCAAUGGGACAGCUUAUGCCAAAAUCUCUCACAAGCCACUGCAGUUAUCUCUGAUUUUUUAUUUUUUUCAAAUGUAGUUUAGUUAUGUUUGAGGUGUUUCUCCUCCUUAUUUAAAUGCAUCUCCUGUUCUUCACACACAGCAACAGGGAAUGUGUCACUCACUCUGUUUUGAAUCAGUGUUGUUCAAGCCUGGAUGUCACUUGUUUAUUUUUUGAGAGAGUAAAUGAAUACAAAAGAAAAUAGAAGUGAAGUGUUUCUCCUAUUCAAGAGAAAGUAAAGUGUGUCGCAAGUCUGUCCCUCUUCUUGGUGAAGUUAACACCAUAACACUUACCGGUGUCACCUCCCACCUUGGUAAGUUGUCAAAAACAACAACUUCAGUUGGAUUGUAACACUCGUAGGAAUAGAGGCAAACUGGCUAUCACCCUACCUAGAUACUGAGGUUACUGGCUCUGUGUUGCCUGUUACUGUCAAAGACUAUUGCCAUCUAUGUUAUGACCAGGAGUGUGUCUGGGGCAAUAGUGAUUACUCUCUGCCUUCAAAUAGUGCAAUUCUUUUCUGUAUAUUGUGAUUAUCACCUGAGUUGAUAAAAUCUGAUAUUUGUCUUGAUUAUUUGAAUGACACAGGAACGAUUUGAUUGAAAUCUUGUUGGAGUCCUACAGUUUUCUCUAUUUGACUGUGAUCUUCCACCCAUAUUGUGUUAAAAUUUUAUUUUCAUACCACCCACUAGCAGCAGAGACAAACCAGUUUGUUUGCACAGCAGCCAGCAGUGAAACUAAUCCUGACAUUGUUUUAUUUACAAGGUGGAUGAAUGGUGAGAAUGCAAACUCAUGUUGUUGCAUCACCAGUUUUUGCUGUAUUUCAUUGACAAAAUUUUAGUGCAAAAAGGGGCAUUUUUUAAAUCUAGACUAGUGUGUUUUAUCUUUUACCUUUUAUGGAUUUCAACUGUCCUGAGGAAGGAUGUCAACAUGAAUCUCUGUUUUCGGUGGCACUUGUUUGGCUUCAUGGUGUUUUGGUAGCCUCUGAAUCAGUGAAAUACAAUACCCUGAUUGAGUGGUUGAACAUUGUGUGUCAUUUUCACUAAGCAAUACUGAUCAGGUGAUAUCAUACGUUGUUGGAGUUUUUUGAUUGAUAAAAUGAAGCAGUAGCUGGAAUUAAAUGAACAUUUGAUCAAAUAGAUACAGACAGAAAAUGUGCAGUAACAUCUUACCACAAGGGAUAUCUUGAUAUCUGCCCAGCCAUGUUAAAUAAUAUACAUGGUAAAAGUCACAAAACAAAAAUAUCUUGUAUAACAUAAUAUUCAAAUCACACAACAGUCUUACAUACCUAGAUUUCCAAACCAGCAUCAGAAUUAAGAUUAAACUGCAUUAUUCUGUACACCAUAAUAGAAUUUAUUUUACACACUAGCCAGGAACUGUGUUAGAUUUGACAUGCUGUCAUUAACCGUGGGGAGAACAUGUUAUCAUUUAGUGAAGACAAUAGUGACAUGGGCGUUAUGAAUAAAGGCAUCAGCUGAUUCCCAUCGAUUCAAAAUGCCAUUAAAUGGUCCUCCUUUAAACUGGCGAUGCCAUUUGACUGCACUUGUUUUCUCUCGUGAAGCAGACAAUUGCAAACCCCUAUCUACUGUGUUAGAGUAUGACAGUUUGUGAUAACAUUAACUGUUCUUUGGAUCUACUGUGUGAUAAUAACAAUAAAUGAUAAAAUACUCUAUGAUCACCUGGUAGUUUGUUGGAUUAACUCAAAUUGUGCAUCGCUGAAAGUUUUCCCUUUAUACUUGCUUUAUCAUCACGCUUGAGUUUCUCAUCAGCUCACCAAAAAAUCUUUUGGUGAUGCUGGUUGGUGGUUGUCCUGCCACUCAAUCUUUUUUUUCUCCACCCUGCUCCCUUCCAGAGGAGAAUGAAAAAAAGAUAGUGUCUGUGUGUGUGUGUGUCGGGGGUGGGGAUGUGGGGUGCAGGAGUGAUACAGGGAGAUUGAUGAGGCAGUAAGAGCAGGAGUAAUUACUCGGUGUCCAUUCCCCAAGCCAGAUUGGCAGACGGCUAAUAUCACACAGACCCCUGGCCCUGACAGACACCAAUGCCCCCCCACCCCCCAACUCAAACUGUGGAGGCAGAAGACCCCAACCUUCAGCUUAGGCCUAAUGGUGUGUGGGCUAACUGAUUUCCCCAUGUGGUAUUAUCCCGCAGGAACCUAGGUACUACAGAAACUGCUGUCUGGGGUGUUUUUUUUCCAGAUGAAAUGCAGAGGAAUUGUUCAACUUGCUGCAGUAUGGUUUUGUCCAUCAUUCACCAGGUGUGAUGACCUGAUUAUUUCUGUGGUCCAAGAGCUGUUUCAUGUGGACAACAAAGUUUUUCUUUGAAGUCUCGAGUGCUGACAUGCAUUCAUAGCAAGAAUUGUCAGAAAGAAGUGGUGGUUACCUCAGCAUGAUUGUGCUUUCUGGGUUUUUUUAGUCUAAUCAAAAAGUGUCUAAUCAGAAAGUCUCUUGGAAGAAGGGAGCAGACCCUGAGUUGUUGUGAGCCAAGCUUUUGCCCCUCUGCUUCAAAGAUGAAAGUAGAGUUUUGGUAGUUUAGUUAACAUUGAAAGAAAUCAAUCAUUUGUUUCGGUCAGAUUUUGUCAAUCUUUCAAACAAGGUGUCAUGCAAAACUAAAUGACACUCAGAACAUAGACUCAAACAUAGUAGAUACACUAAUACACCACCAGUUCAAAGCCAAGAACAAGGAAAAUCCUGAGUGACCCCUCAGUGUUGGCCAUGGAUCAUGCUAAGGGCAAACUCUUACCUUUUCAUCCUAUGAGCCGUCCCUCUCAGCAUGUUGAUGCCUUUCACACUGUUUUUAGGCUUUUGCUUCUAAAGGAAGCCAGCAUCUCCUUAAUUAAAGAUAUGUAAAUGUGGUCUCAGCUGGAUUGCAUUAGUUUGGUGGCAGUGGGUUGGAAGAGUGUCGGAGCCGAGCUCCUAAUCCUGACUAAUUAAGGAUUAAUUACAAUUGAUGGGAGCCUUCCACCCCUCUGCAGCAGUGCACAUUGCUGUCUCAGACAGUAUGUUUGUAUAUUUCACAUCAUGUAAUAAAUGCAGGGGAGAGAUGGCAACAUGAGAAAUGGCUGAGGAGGGGUUCCUAGCCUCCCUGAGAUUAGCAGAAUGCUUAAGGUCAUUACAGAUAGAGAAAGAUGCACACUCCCUCUUCAGGUUGUGAUGCCCAACAUCAGUAUAGAUGGGAAAUCAAAACAUUGCUGAGUAAUUUAGAGUAACAUUUACAGAGGAAUGUUUUAUUUAAUGUUAUUGAUAAUUGUGUUAUAGCCACCGGGUUAGCACAGUCAAAUAAAAGUCCCCUGAUGUCCUCAGUACAUUGACGUCAUUCCUUACUAUCAGUUAACGCUAACCCAGUAUAUAAUACCUGUUUGGACAGAUCAUGGAACAUCAGCUCUUUCUGGCAACAUCUGACGGUGUCAUAAUGCUUGUUCACUUGUUAUAAAUGGGCACUGCUCUUCUGAUCUAUCGCUUAAUUGCCACCUAAUUUGCAUAACAGUGCAAAUUAACGACCUCUCAAAUGAGCGUUCAUUUUUCACAAAGUCUUUAGGAGCUCCUUAAGAGUCUGUGCUAAUGAGCACAGGAGGCAGCUGGCCUGAUGAGAGUUGACUGGGGGAAGAUCCUAGCAGAGCUUUAACAAGCCUCCUGCUUAGGUGCUCUUUGUCAUCUUCCUUUUCCUCUGGUGACAUUCGGGAUCUUUCCUCUGCUUCCACAUCCGUUUUUUGUGUGCCCAACUGUUCUUUUCUGAGGAUAUGACGUUAAAUAUUCAAUCAGGAACCCCAUUGUGCUCAAUAAAACCUUUUAGACACCGUAGUUGGGCAAUUGAGCCUUAAUUGAUUUUGCUGGAAAAAAACUUUAUUGCUCUGUGAGCCAAAAUGGAAAAAAAAACACUGUGGUUUAUGAUUGUAGGCCAGUGAAAUGUUCCCAAUAAAAAAGCACUCAGAUUUCGUUUCCCAGGUAGGUUUUUAACCUGUAACCUCCUCACGUCUCCCUGCCUACUCUUUUCUGUCAUUUUUUUGCCAAAGUAGAUGCAGGCAGAUAAAACUAAUACUGACAAAUAGUUCAUUGAAAUAUCACUUCAUCUAAGUUCUACCUAAAUUAAUGAACUUGCAAAACGUAUUAGCAAGUGUGUCAAACACGUGUAUAAAUUAAGAGCAUUUAACAAUAGUUACAUAUCCUAUUUUUACCAUUUCCCUCUUAGAGUGCCAACACAAGUUGAUCCUAACCAUGUGGGAGUGUGUCACAAUGUAUUUGUCCGUAAGCGAUCAAACGGGUUAUAUUUAGUCAUCACUGGGGUGUCUGAGCCUCUUUUAGUUAAUUAAAGACUGAUUAAUGAUGUGUUGGGCUGAGGUGUUGCAUUUGCCCAAGGUGUGAGUUCUCCAAUUCACACCUUAAUAAGACAACACUGUGUUUAUUCUACUGUGUCUGUGUGUGUGUGUUUGUGUGUGUGUGUUUGUUUAUUUGUUGGUUUGUGUCAGAGUGGGGGGCUGCGUGCAACAGGACUCUGAACAACCCAAACAGAUGCUGAUUAGCUUGAGCUGCUUAAAGCAGGAAUGGACAUAUGGAUUAAACUCAUUAAGUUGACUGUACUCAACCAAAAUACUCUUUUAGAGGGAUGGGGGUACAUACUUAAAAGUUGACUUUUAGUGUUUAUUAACCCUUUCCUCAUGUCCAUAUGGCAAAAAGCACAUUAGAGCAAAGCUUCAUUUUUCAUGCAGUGACUCCAGAGAACUCAAAGCUACAUUUUUCACCUUAUACCUCUUUUAGCCUUUUUUUUUGCUUUAUAUAUAAGACCAAAUGGAAAUACUGGAGGCACGGAGGAGAUUGUGAAAGUUGGUUGGUAAUAGAUUGUAAGUUAGAAUAUAGUGAAUUAAAUAAUGGGCGAUCAAGGAGCGCUCUUGGACUGCCAAAGGAAAACAUAAAACACGCAAACUUUACUAGGUUGAUAUGAUGACAGUACAAUUUCCUUCCAACUGCAAAGAUUUAAAGGUCAAGACUUCAUAAAAUCUACUCAUUCCCCCUUUCUAAUGACACUUGUCACCCCUCUCUAACAACAUCCAUCACUGUGGCUUUGCACAGUGCAACUAAAGCUAAAGUUGUGUCUACACCAAGCACUUCAGUUCAGUUUGUUUGGGUAUGGCAGGCAAUCAUUGGCCUUUCCACUCUCAUAAGUACUUGGGAAAGGUACCAAAAUAGCUGAUCCAUACCAUUAAACUCUCUUAGCGCUCUCCUGUUUAGGUAUCAAGUGUCCCCAUCCAACCUUUAAAGGGUGGAGAUACACACUGCAAUGUAUUGAUUGAUUGAUUGACUUGUCGUUUUCUGUGCUAUACCUAUAUUCAUGGACAAACACAAAACAUGCCAGUUAAUCAAAACAGUUGAUUUUUGGUGAGUAAUUUCUUUUAGUAAAUAUAAUCUUCUCUUGAUAAACAGCAAUUUACCAAGAGGAAAUAAAACACAGUGCUAAUAGCAAAGCUGCUCAUGUGUAGCAUCCACAUCCGGAUUAAAAACCAAAAACAUAGUGUGUGUAUGUAUAAUAUGAGAUUAGCUGUUAUAUUAUAGGUGUGUAAUUGCUCUGUAAUAACUGGGAGUGACUUGUCUCACCAGCAGUUCAUUGUCAUGACUUAAAGAGUGGUAGAGUAAAUCUAUCAGAGUUAUAUCCAGGCUCCCAUUAAAUCGAUCUGUGCUCAGGAUUUGUAACGUUAAAUUUAGCCUGACACAAUCGUAUGUUAUCUCUACAACAGUGAAAGCUUUCACAUUAUACUUGCACGUACAUACUGAGGUUGUUCUUCAUUUUUUUCCCUGAGACCAGUAGACGUUAGCACUGAUUUGUUAUUAUGAUGGGGGUCCACUCUGGUCCACACUCCAACACAGUAGGUGUUGGAAAUGAAAGCUGAGAGCGAGUCGCCAUAAAACAGAAAAAAAGGUAGAAAAAGAAGGAUCAUGUUAGCCCUGUGCAUUGUGGGAAACAGUGAGGAGAGAGACUGGUCUGCUGCAUACUGAGUGUUUUUUCAGAAUAGGUACGACAUCCAGGUCUCUUCAGAUUUAGCUUUUGUUUACAUAGCGUAAACUACAUUUAAAAAAAAAAAACCACAGUUACUGCUUGUGAAGCAGACGGUUGCAAAUCCCUCCUAUAACAAGCUGCUGUGAUGCCACACUGUUAUGUAGCUGACAUCAUUAGCUAUCGUCAUGUUGGCCUAAACCCCUGCCUUCAAAGUACUGUGGCAAGAAAAGGGUUAUCUGUAUCAAACUGUACUGCUUAGUGCUUCCAAAAUACAGCAGUGAAAUUUACGGAAAACACUCGUGAUGUUUUGCCUAAUUUUAGCUUCGUCAGCUUUCCACUUGAGGAACCAUUUUUUAUUGAUAUGUCAGAGACUGCAGCACUUUGAAGGAAACUGAAAACUGAAUUAAACCUCAAACAUUGUAGAGGUAUUGCCAUGUUCAUGAUUACUGUUGUAACUUUUUAAAUAAAUAUAUAUAUUAUACAUUAACAUAUAUUUUUAAUGCAAAUCCUCGUUCGUCUUCCAUGAUCUUUGUUUGAAUAUGGUUAGUUUGUAUAGAAGGAAAAGCAGGGGUCACAAUCCUACCCCUCCAGAAUUUACUAAAGUUUUGUAUCUUUGUCUCUCACCCUCUUACCCUCUCUCUCUCUCUCUCUCUCUCUCACUCCUUCUGUCUCUUCUCCUCUCUGAAAAACACAUCUUUCCCUGUCCUUUUUUCAAUUCUCCUUGGUUCUCCUUCUACCUCCUCUUUCUCUUUCACUCUCUUCGUACCUUUUUCCCCCCUGUUUUUUUCCCUUUUCUCUCCUUCUCUCUCCCGCUCCCUUGCUCUCUCCCAGUGAAAGGCUGAGAAUACCCAAGGGAGCUGAUGCAAUUAAAAUGCUAAUCCUGUCUGUCUACAGAGAGAGGGAGAGGGGGGGCUGACAGCAUGAGGGAUUGCGGCUCACAUGGAGAACUCGACUGAAAUGGAGAACAGAGGGAGGGGGGGUGCACUGGGGUAGGUGGGUGGGGGUGAGCUGAAAGGGAGAAGGGGGAGGGGAUGUGUGUUGGGGGAGACAGAGUGAAAAAGGGGAUGCUAGGGAGGGAAAAGACAGACAAGGAUAGAGCUUGUGUUGUGAGCUGAGCAAUGAUAUACUGACUGCGUUUAAGUCUCAUCUAUUCCAAUGUGUGAAAGGCAUUAUACUUAAUGUACAGCACUACACCACUGGUUAGGCUGUUCAACCUUACCUUCACUACUUCAUAUAUUGUAUGUUGUGUCUGCACAGCCCACUGUUUCCACAUUGGCUGUGCAGAAAUGAGAAUGAUUAUGUAUGCAGUGAAAGCCCAGCUGGAUACCCUGAAUAUUUCAUAGUAUGUGUUGCUUGCUCCGUCUCUCAAUGCCACACAUCGGAGUUAGGGUGGUAACGUGUGCAUAAUGGUGUGAUUUCCAAGAGCCGUAGAUGGAGGCAGUGGGUCUUAAGCUGUCUUGCUGUUUUAAAAAAAAAACAAAAAAACAGGAAUUUAAGUAUCAUUACUUACGGCACUUUGAGUUUUAGUCUCUUGGUAACAGAACCAGCCCAGCGGCAAAGUCAGGAGCCAGUUGAUCAAAAGGCUUACUGCCGAGCUUGUGGGGCAAAACAACCAGCCAAACACCUCUCACACCUGUAUGUUUUUUUUUUCGCUUUUUCUCGUAAUUCCAGUUUUUUGGAUUUUCGUUUUUGAAUCCAUCUUUUUGGGCCUUAUCCGCGCUAUAUCUUAACUCAUCUCAACAGCUGCUGUAACAUUACUAGGCCUCUAGACUGUGCUUUAGCGCAAUUGUGGGUAAUCGCGGCUUAAUUGGAGUAAUUAGGGGAAUGUAGGGGUAUUAGGCUACAGCUGGGGGCCAUAAUGAGGAGUGGGGGGCAAAAGGGAGGGGGAAGAGGUGAGAAGCUUCAAGAGCCACAGUUGCCCUCUUCAUUGUAGGUCAGUUGUACUUCUCAGUGAAUGGUCAGUGAGUAUCAACCCCGCAGUCAGCUGUUUACAAUCAGAGAUGUUUGUAACGGGAAGGUCUACGGACUCUAAACAGCCGCAGAGUGAAUAGGAAGUGUUCUAAUCAUGUAGAUUCAACAGGUACAACAUACGUCUGUACUUUUAUCAACAAACAAGCCAAAGCAUAUGCGGAUAGGAAGCGCUGAGAUUGUUAGAGAAUGACUGAAAAGAAAGAACAAGAGGAGGGAAUGAGAUGGGGCGAAUCAGGGUCAUUAGUUCAGGCGGCUGGGUCUGCUGCAUUCCUGAGCCCUGAGAUGGGGGAGCAGCAGAGCAGGAAUGUGCCUUGGAGAGAGAAGAGACCUAAGUAGAGGGAAAGAAAAAGACAAGAAGGAACAAGAAAAAAAAAAAAAGAGAGAGAGGGGGUUCUUUGCAUAGAGAGGCCCGAAAUGGUGUAACAGAUUCAUUUAUCAGCCGAAGUUCGAAAAAAGAAAAGUCUCAUCCGCUUUCAGGUGCUCGGAAACUUUAGGCAAAAUGUUUUUGUCUAAGUUUUUUUUUUUCACAUCUGUUAGUCCUGCUCGACUGCCGGCCCAUUUGUUAGCGCUGGCUGCACGGUGUCAGCAAACUUGUUUUUCAGGAGAACUUUCUGCAGGGAACCUUUUAACCAAACAUAAUGAUUCAUAAAAUUACAUCAGUUUAGCAGUAACCCUGAAUGAGUUCACGCACCCCCUAACCUUUGAAGACGAGCUUUGACGAACAAGCAUAAUCCCUUAGGAGGAAAAGCACCUAACCUAGUUUCCAUUGGGAUUAAUCUCGUCAUCCAUAUCGUUGGCACCUGUCUGUUACAGAACCCUGUCAGGUUUCAACACACUUUGAACGGACUUGUACCUUUUCAAGUGGUUUUAAAGAUCAACAGGUUUGUGAACGUUAAGGGUGGGAGAAAAAAUUGAUUCACAUAAGUAUCGCAAUUUUUAAAUUGAUUUUUUUUUUUCAAAUUUAGGAAUAAAUCUUGAAAACUUACUUUAAUGUGAUGUGUAUUUUCUGGGGAAAUAUGGUUCCUGGAAUAGACAAUCAAAAACUUUCAACGGUUUCACUGGUGUUGAAGAUACAGACUUAAAAUCGAGAAAAUAAACAAUAUCGUAGAAUCGCAGUUUAAAUUGAAUCAGCAUCCAAGAUAUCGUAGACAAAUCGAGUCGGGAGAAAAGCCCUAGUAAAAACAGUACUGUAUUUGGGGAUUUGAGUCAAAUGUCAUAUUUUCGGCACUUUUUACUUUCUACCAUAUCCCCCAAAAAUUGUUUAAGGCUGUUUCACAUCCUAAAGCAUUGCACAUUAAAGAGGAAAUGCUCACUUUCAAUUAUUUGUACUUAAAAACAGAUAAGGAUACCUUAUAUUCAGGCUUAUAGUCAGGCUGUAAAUGACUAGCUCAGUCAAUACAGGCAAAUGACCUUAUACAACAAGCAAUGCAUAAUGUGUACCCCAAGGCCUAUUAACUCUUCUCUCCUCCUCUUCUACUUCAUCAUAUGAUCUAACAAGGAAAACAUUAUCUCUCAUAGAUGUACUUACCACAUCUAUGACCAGAGCUGCCUUACAUCUCAAAGUCUUGAUGUGAAAUGAGGAAAAAAUGUUAUACUGUAUGCUCUAUUUAAGAGGCCACAUUUUGUUGAAGGUAGUAAAAUCAUCUCAUCAGAGUAAGUGUUACAGUUAUCUGAUAUUUAUGUGCAGAUUUUAUAGAGUUUUUAAAAUGAUUCAGUCCCUAUAAACAAAAACAACAACAUCAAAAUCUAAUUCAUUUUAAUGUCAGGCUGAUUUAAGGAGGCAGGUAAUAUUUACAAAGCGCUGAAUACAAUGCAUCUAAUAUCUAAUUCAGACUCUUGAAAGUAACUUGGUGCCUUCCAAUAAAUCAAUCGCAAGCCUGUACAAAGUGCUGCUAGAUUGAAGUGCUGCUAAAUAAAGCUAUAAGAUAUUUAACCGGCACUUAGUGUACAGACCAUAUCACCCUUAGCGGACCUGUGUGGGUGAGAUAGAGAAUAGAUUCAAAAUUGUGCUUUAAAUAUGAAAUAGCUUAAACCUGAGCUGUUAGGCUGUUUGUUAACCUCAGGUGAGGUGUAAGAUCCUUGGGCAACACCUGUCAUUUAACUUCAUAUUUCAGACUCGAGAGUAAAGGUUAAUGUGCUGUAACUGUUACUCACCACGUUUUCAUUAUCGUAACUCAGAGUAAUUAGAAGUCGUAGGGACAGCAGGUUCACUUUUUAUUAUCAUAAUCAUUAUCAUCACUGUAAUGUUUGCUUUUCUAUUGCUUGUGUGUUGUCGAGGUUUGCAACCAACAAAUAUUUAAUACUCUGUUUGUCUGGAAAUGAAAUAAUUAUAAAGUAAACAAAAUUUGUGUUAAAGUCCUUCCGAGCUCAGAGUGUAAUCUUCAGUUUUCAUUUCCUGACUAACAAUCUGAAAUUCAAAGAUUUCCUAUUUCUGUCUAUUUAAGAACAGUUCAUUUAUUUUCAAUAUUCAUGCUUUACACAGCAGGUGAUGAGGUGUGAUAUUGGGAUUGUAAUGGAAAUGUACUUCAUAUCUUAUUAUUUCGAUGUACAAAAUAUACCAAUUGUUUCUAACUAAUGCCCUCAAGAUUUUCAAUUGUGUUAGCAAGUUUCUACUCCUACUUUCUGAAGUUGAUGGAUUGAAAAGCAAACGGGUCAAGAGAAAAUUAAGUUUGGCUUUAAAAGCUCUAGGCUCUGAAGAAAAGAUGGUUGUCUGUACUUAAAACUUUUCAGUAACAGAGUGGUAUCUGAGAGGGAAUGUGUAUGUGUGAAAAAAAAAGAGAGAGAGAGAGAGAUGAGAGCAUGGCUGCAGGCUGACAGAGGUCCUAGUAUAAUGCAGUGGUGGGGAGCAGCAACUGAUAACUAUACUUAUGGCCACUGGGGCUCAUAGUGACAGCACAUGCACUCCCAUUACUGGUCCCAUGCCUCAUGCCCUUUUCUCUGGCAGUCUGCCACUAAGAGACUACACUGCCCUCUGCUGUUGGUUUUCAGGAAGUUCAGGCUCAUUGAGAAUUCACUCAGGCGCUCACAGCAAUGACUCAGGGGAGAAACUUGACUAGGUUUUGACAGGGCAGCACUUCUUUGAAUUUUAGCAGUGAUAAAGCACCUUUCUAUGCACCCCUCAAACACACUCUUUUGACCUCCUUCCUACUGGAGGGAAGAGUGUGGUCCAUUAGUUCUCAGGUACCUUUCACAACCAGCAGGUUUUGUCAGCCCAAUGAAAAGUAAUCUAGAUGAAGCAGACUAAUAAAAACAAAUUAAUUUGUGAAAAUUUAACCACUGACCAUGCCACAUUUUUUUUUCUGUGUCUUGAAUAGUGCUGAGUAUACGAGGCGUGCAGGAGGAGGACCCCCCAGAUCCCCAGAUCAUGAGGUUGGACAACAUGUUGCUCGCAGAGGGUGUGUCAGGACCGGAGAAGGGGGGAGGAUCAGCCGCUGCGGCUGCUGCUGCAGCAGCAGCAGGCGGCUCACCCACCGACAGCAGCAUCGAACACUCUGACUACAGAGCCAAGCUUGCUCAGAUUCGUCAGAUUUAUCACUCUGAGCUGGAGAAGUACGAACAGGUGUGUACCAAACUGAACAUGGAGCUUAAACAUGAUGUGAAAAUAUUUGAAAAUAUGGGCCACUCUGGUUUUAAAAAAAAGAAAAGAUGUGAACUGUUGACCCUACAGAUUUAAUCACAGGGUUCCAUAACAUAAAAAUGUUGGUAUUCCAGAAGUAUUGUCAGUACUUUCAUCAGUUGCUGUAGCUUGUUUGAAGAGCACACUUGCGCAAGUUUAUCAAACACGUCACGGGCCGAUUGCAGUCUACAGAUAACAUUCAAUGAAAUCAAAUAGGUCCCAGCAGAUUGUUUUCUUAAGAAGUGUUUUGAUUUAAAAAAAAGCUCUUCUGACUUUGCUAAACAGGCUAAAUGACUACAAUGAGAUUCUGCAUGGAUGUUAACUGUAUGUUUUCUUCUUUAUCACUGUCCUCAUAUCUAUGACUUUAAUAGAAAACUGUACUCUCUUGCAACUUCAGAUCUUGUGCUCUUUAUAUCGUUCGCAGGUUCAAGUGUGUCGAGCAUCCCCUUUAACACUGCUCAAAAUGUUUUUAAUGCGAAUAUGAUGAAAGUCAGGUUAUCUGUAUAAUUAAAAAAUCCAUUUGUCUAAUGGUCUCAGAACUCUGUGGUUUCAUGAGUCAAUAAAAAAUUUGUUCAAAGGACGAAAAACAUAUGAAGUGCUCAAUGAGAGGAUUGAAAAUCUCAUACUGAUUCUUUGUACUUUCAUAAAUGCUGAGGUAAAAAAGGGGAAAAAAUGUAAAUUUAGAGAUACUAUAGAUGCUAUACUUGAGACUCCUGCUGGAGAGAUUUUAAAAAUGUCACAAAAAAUGCAUCCAAAUAAAUUAUGUACUAGAGUUUCAAAAUAAUUUGUCUUUCAUCACAGGAUUGUUGUAAGGGUUAAAAACAUUGAAUUAUUCUGUAAUUGGAAGUUUUUCACUCUAGAUAUUAUUCUCUCCUGAGUGGAAAUUGUUGUGAAACAGUUUUUCUGUCAAUGGAUUUUGGCAUUCAGCUCCUUAAUGUCAGCUAUUUUUUACUGUCAUACUGAUUGAGGUUUAGAAACCACGCUUUGCACUGUUUUAUAUUGAAAGACUACAAUUAACUCUCACCCCAGAUAUAGGUUUAAAUAUUUCUGUAAAGGUAACUCAUCGAGAUGGAAAGCUGAGGCGUCAAUGUCAUCAUCAGAACUGUGUCCUCAAACCGGACAGUAUCUUUGCUCGGAUAUAUAUUUUUACAGCAGCACUUAUCUCCUUCCUUUCUUUCUCUCCAUGGACCAGGCCUGCAGUGAGUUCACCAACCAUGUAAUGAACCUGCUGAGAGAGCAGUCUCGCACACGACCCAUCUCUCCCAAGGAGAUCGAGCGCAUGGUUGCCAUCAUCCACCGCAAGUUCAGUUCGAUCCAGAUGCAGCUCAAACAGAGUACCUGCGAAGCCGUCAUGAUCCUGCGCUCACGCUUCCUCGAUGCCAGGUGUGUGUUGGUGUUGUGUGUAAUGUGACUUGGUUGUACUCGGAGCGAAUUGACGUCACAUUCCAAGAGUUGUGGUGAUCAUUCCCUCGCUGUUUUUCAGACGAAAGAGACGCAACUUCAACAAGCAAGCCACAGAGGUGCUGAACGAGUAUUUCUACUCCCACCUGUCUAACCCCUACCCAAGUGAGGAAGCCAAGGAGGAACUGGCCAAAAAGUGUGGAAUCACUGUCUCUCAGGUGAGUUUACAGCCCUCCAGUUUUGUUACGGGCUCUUUAAGUUAAAGUACACGGAUGAUGACUUUGCUGAGGGUGAUAAUAUUUUGAUUAAUAUAAUCAGAAUUACAUAUCUGUGUCUGGAGUCUCAGAAUCAACUGUACAACGUGCAUUUAAAGGGCUAAUUUUAUGUGAGCAUGUAUUUGUGUCUGUGAAGAUUAGAAAUAGAGAAGUUUGCCAUGUUGAACGCCUUUUUAGCUGAAGGGGUUUUAAUAUAACUCCACGAAUGAAAUUCAUCCAUUUCAAUAUCUGACAUUUAUCUGUCCCUCAGGUCUCUAAUUGGUUUGGCAACAAGAGAAUACGCUACAAGAAGAACAUUGGUAAGUUCCAGGAGGAGGCGAACCUCUACGCGGUUAAAACAGCGGUGGAUGCUGCUAACGUGUCUGCGCAGGCUAGCCAGGCUAACUCUCCAGCAACACCCAACUCAGGUAACACAUCCUCCAAUACAUUUACCUAAAAGAUUUUUCAUUUUUUAAAUAUCAACAUACAGUACUGAACAGGUUAAAUCACACUGACAAUAGAACAGCUGACUACGUAAUAUAAAGGGAAGAGCGCCAUUAAUCUUGUAACUUGUCUUUUAGCCAACUGUUGCACUAUGAUUAGAAUAAUUAGUGGGGGUGGGAAUCACUAGUGGCUCCACGACACAAUAUUAUUGCAAUACUUGGGCCAUGAUACAAUAUUAUCAGGAUACUUGGGCCACAAUGCAAUAUUAUCAGGAUACUUGGGCCAUGAUACAAUAUUAUCACGAUACCUGGAAAAUGAUACAAUGUUAUUACAAUACUUGGGCCAUGAUACGAUAUUAUUGUGAGUUUUAACAUUUUGCAAUACAGUAAGUUUUGCGAUACAAUCUAUUGCGAUUUGUACAAUUUCUUCAACUCUUUAGCUAAUUUAACAUUUGUCUUUCCUUUAUCGAUACUUGGUAAAGGAGACGAUGUAUCACCAUACAAAAUAUCGUGAUACUAUGCUGUAUUGAUUUUUUUUCUCCCACCCCUAAUAAUUAGUUUUCGUUUUUGAAAAAUAUGUAACAUCCUUUAAGAGAAAUUCAUACAGACCUUUUCAGGAUUUGUUUAAAGAUGUGGCUUUGUUGUUUUACACUGUGAAAACCUGUGAUUGUAUUGUGUGUCUUAUUCAUAACUUUAUCUCUGCGUUCUGUAUCCAUGUAUGAAAAUUUUCUAAAUCCCUAUCACUUAAUGACAUGUAAGGUUUCCAAAUACUGUCACCGUCAAGAUACUUAUGGGUUUCAAAGUGCUCACUGUCUGUUUCUAUUUAAAUCAACUUCCUAUUAUCUUUCUUUUCUUUAUGCACAGUGUGAAAACAGCUUCUGUGCUUCACUAUAGUCAGAUAGUGCCCCCUACCUGCUGCAAGAAAAACAUGAGGGCUUUGGAAACUAAAAAGUAUCAGAUAUCUUGGCCUGAUUAAAGUCCUGUCCAUGAUCUUCACAAAAGGACGGCACACCCAUAAAAACUAAAUCAACUUUGAAAUAUUUAUUCCGAGUAAACUGUCCGAGUAUAUUUCUUCCAAUCAGUGUUCAUAAACAGAAGUGACCCCCUGACCUCAUGACACUGGUGGAGCUGAUUAGAUAUUGGCUAUAUAUUACCUGCAGGGUCACCGGGGUCAUUCAGUUUGUCUCACACAGGCGACGUCUACCUUGGCCUGCGUUCACUCAACGGGGAGGGUCUCACCAUCGCCCCCUCUCUACAGCAGCAGGUAUGCGCUGAGGGCAACUAUAGUUAUGUUGACCUCAAUGCUGUAAAACGUAGCCACCCAGAAUCCCCGUAUAGGUCCUCUUAGCCUUUAGACCUCCACCUUUCCUCAGAUCCCGUCCUGAUUUUACCUCUGAUCCUGUCAACUCCUCCCCAAACACACAGACAAGCUGACCCUUUGUUUUGUACAGUGACCCCCGAGGAGCCUAUGGAUUCACUCAAGAGGAAUUGUGCCAGGUUUUUUAAGGCCAUUUAGUUUUGUGUUGAUGCAUAUUAAUCUAUAGUUGCUUACACAGCACUAUUUCUUCAGGAGGAUAGACACCCUGGACUAGAUUUGGAGCAUCUGGGCUUUUCUUAUUACUCUGUGGUUGACUGCUGUUCUAAUCUGGGGAUUGACAGACACCCUCGAAAUAGAGGCUCAGAUUUCCUCACUGGCUUUGUGUUGUUCCUCCACCUCUCAACGGCACCAAUCUUGUUAAAUCCAUGGUUUCCCAGGCCUUCAAGAUUCCUCCCCUUACCCCUCUAUAUGUUCUCCUCAAUGUGUAGACUUACAGGAAUCCCCUCAAAGUGAAGUGACAUGUUCUUGUUAUUGUCUUCUGUCAGUAUCACAUAAAAAAGUUUACGAUAAAUUGUCUGUGGGCUCAGUUUCUGUUUUCCUUUUACUGAAAACUAUAGCAGAAGUGGUUUGGUGAGCCGCAUUGUUCUAGUUCGGACCUAAAAUACAAAGUCGUGGUUUGUGGACAUGAUCACUUCUCUGUUUUAAAAGACAAGAAAAAAACAGUUUGUCCAUCUAGAUGCUUUGCAGAAGUUUGUGCUGAUUUUUGGAUGUCUUCUUUUUGUUGAACAGGUGGAUACCCUGCACCGUGCUACACACCUGACGGGCGGCUAUGAGGAGCUGUCAGGUAGUGGCCUCUACACCCCUCAUCGCCUGGAUGUAAGUACCAACUUAAAGGGGUAUCCCGGCGUAAAAUAAUGUAGGGUCAAACACACCAUAACAUCGAGUUAGACACCCCCUGGAGAGAUGAAUGUUGCCGACCACUUACUUCUCUAGUUAUACCAACUUUGGAAACAUCCGCACGAUAGCAAUACACAGUGGUCUGAGGAGCCAUCAACAAAUGUCAACCAAAACGCUACUCUAUAGCCACAAAUAAUGCUCAGAACAGCACCUAACUUCAUCAACAGUACAUAAAGGGUCCGAGCCACCAAACAUCUUUUUAACUUUGCUUGAUUUCUUUAGCAAAGAGACUUAAAAAACCUCACCUACUCUCUUCCAGCAGCCGCUUGUUUGUAGCGAGACCUCAGGCCAGUCCGUUACGGACUGCUGCUGGGUGACGCAGCUCAAGGAAGAACAUUUAUGAUCAUUACUUUAUCAUUUCCAUGAAGUAAUAAUCACCAUAUUAACCAUGUUGCACUUCAGACGUGGUAGUUCUUCUGCCUUAGCGUCUCGGUCUGACUGCAUUACCAUGAAGAAAUGAUCAUAAAUGUUCUUCCUUGAGCUGCGUCACCCCACAGCAGUCCGUAAUAAUCAUAAUAAAUAGCAGUCCGAGGUCUCGCUACAAACAAGCAGCUGCUGGAAGAGAGUAGGUGAGGUUUUUUUUAGUCUCUUUGCUAAAGAAAUUAGGCAAAGCUAAAAAGAUGUUUGGUGGCUAUUACUCUGGCCCUACAUGUACUGUUGAUGAAGUUAGGUGCUGUUCUGAGCAUUAUUCGUGGCUAUACAGUGGCGUUUUGGUUGAAGUUUGUUUAUGGCUCCUCAGACCGCUGUGUAUUGCUAUCCUGCAGUCGUUACUAAAGUUGGUAUAACAAGAGAAGCAAGCGGUCGGCAACAUUCAUCUCUCAAGGGGGUGUCUAACUCUGUGUUACGGUGUGUUUGACCCUAAAUUAAUUUUACGGCAGAAUAUCCCUCUAAGGCUUAUACAAGUAUAAAUCGUUAAAUAUUGGUAUUCAGCAUCAGUAGAAAAAUCUCACUCUCUCUCCUCUGUUUGUCUGCAGGCUAACAGCUGGCAGGACACCACCAACCCCAACUCUGUCACCUCUCCUCCCGGUCCUCCUGGCAGCGUUCACUCUGACACCUCCAACUGAUUGGUGGCUCUCACUGCCAUGACUCCAUUCCUACUGUGGUCUGGGUUGACUACCACCACCCCUCCUGUCCUCAUUGUCACUAUUUCCACGUCUCUCUCUCAACUAGGCAGCCACACAAGGCCAUACCACCAUUCCAUAAAAACACAGACUGUGCUGGAACACAGGGCAGCCGAAUAACACUCAGAAGAUAUUCAGCCUCCACCUCACAGCUCCAACGUCAGUGCUAGAAGCUCCUCAACUCAGAAUAAAAGAGGGACGGAGCAGGUUGAUGCCGAGACAGAUAGAAAACAUUUUUAACAUCAAGUACUUUUUUCAGAACCACUGACCCAGCUGUGUAGAUGAUCAUAAUGUCUGUACAUUAUGUGUAUAUGCACGAUAACUUCACACAGUAAUCACACAGCUUCUCAUGUGCUGUUGACCUCUGCACUCGACCCUUUGCUUUGGAAAACUGUGUGUGAUUGCCUGUAUCUCUUGAAGCCUUGGCGUUUGAUAGCCAAACUGUUGAUACGGAUCACCAGGGAGCUCUGCUCACCUUUGCUCGUACCAAAGUGCUACCCCAGUGGUUGUCAACACAUCUGUAUCUUCAAGAUCAACUUUCCCCCCUAUUCAGCACCAGACGCUAUUUUAUCUUCCAGUCCUUAUAGCUCGAUGUCUCACUCUGUUGGGAGAUUUUGAAGAGAAUAGUCGAGAUUUCAUAACACACACCCGAAACUUCUCAGUGGUUUUCAAAGCAGGCUGACAUGAAAGAUGUGUCAAGCACAACAGUUAGCAUCCUUGUUAUGGGUGUGUCUACCUGUUAAAGGUAGUACAGGGGAUCACUGUUCUUAAACCAGACAGGAUAGCUGAUAAUAGGGCUGGUGGAAAGAGGAGGAAUCUGCAGGAAGAAGAAUAUCUUUGGUUGAGUGGCUGUAACAAUAGCCCCUUUUCGUUGCUAACCAAUAGAGGGUGUCGGUAGAUGGCUCGUAGACUUAACUUCUUGCUUUCUGUCCACUAGUUUAUUUGAUUGUAGGCUAUUUUCUAAUGCUGUUUCACCAAGAAUGCACCAGCCACCACCAAAAAUGAGCUCAAUAAAGCAUCUAAAUAACUUUGGGAAGAAUAGGGUGGAAUGAUUGUGGGGCAUUGAUGUGUUAUUGGGGCAAACGUAAUAUGAAUAUAGAUACGUGACUGUCUUCCAUGCAUGUAGGACUUCUAGGCGUGAUAUUAUUUUCAUCUAACCUUCCAAGUUUUUAGCUUCUUCUUUUUUUUUCACAAAAAAAUAAAGGGUAUAAUUAUUACAGUCAGACCAAAAAGGAAAAAGUGCAUCAUUUAUUGCUAUGAUGUGUGUGUCUCUGUGUGGGCGUGUGUACAGUGUUCAUGGGAUGUCCUAGUCAACCUGGCUGGUGCCCUCUGACCUUCGUAAGCAUUAUUAAGACUGGGUGCUUCCACCAGCCGAUGAUACACCAGGUGGGAUUCAACGCAGAUCGCCUCCCUAUGUUGAAACAUUUAAGCUUGUGAGCCCAAGGCAACACACUACAACCUUCUGUUGUAUCAAAACCAAAAAUACCACGUUCAGCAAUGUAAUAAUGCUACUCUAUGUCUCUCUGAAGUUGGUGCACAGCCACAUUUUCAGCUGAGGAGAGGAGGGAAUUAUAUUUGUAUCUGUGUCUCUGUAUGGUGUUGUCAUGCCCCGAGUUGAUUUGAUUUAAGGGUUUUCUUUUUGUUGUUGUGGGGCGUCAAGGGAGGGUGGGUGGAGUGAGAACUCAUAUCAUAUCUGCAAUUUGAUUUUGAGUAUCGAAGGUAUGCUCUCCCUUUUUAUUCAUCCUUUUAUAUCUUCUGGUAAAACGUGACGAUUUUUUGUUUUUGUUCUUUGGCCGAUUGGGCAAGGGCUUCUCUCUCCUCUGUUACCAAAAAAAGAGGCAGCACUGGGUGAUGUAAAGCUUGUGUUUGAGACAAACCUGCAACAUUUUUGGGGGAUUUUCAUUCUUUGGAACUAUUUUAUACAUUAACCGUUAUGUGAAUAACAAAGCAUUUUGAUAGUAAGGUAAAGCCUUAUAAAAAUCUAAGUGUCAGUCAAAACUUUGUUGAACAUGUUACAGAACAAAACUUGAGCUUGUAAGCUGGUCAUAUGUGCUAUCACACAUCUAAUUACCUGUUUUGUUACUCAUGCAGUUCAUACGAGUGUAUCUUAUGAAUAACACCACACCAAAUUAUCAUCCUUUCCCCUUUUCUACCUGUUGUAAUGGAUGUCACUGUACAGUUUGUGUAAUGUUUCAGUAUUUUUUUUUUCUUUUAUAAAUUUUGAUGUUUGGUUGAGAUGCCAGUUUUAUUUGGCCUCUGUGUCACAGAAUUCAUAAUAACUAUCAAUUUUGAAUAUUAUUUAGGUCUUUUGUUACAUAACCUGGAGGCGAUGAAGGGUUUACAGGUGUGUCGUUUGGUGCUGUGGAACGAUAACUCUGUUAUUUAGGUUCUUUUGUGGACACCUGACAUAUUUUGCUCCUUUUGUUUCUAUACAUCCCCUUUCAGUUUCGCUCACUGUCAGUAGCACUCUCUCACAAAACACUGUGCUGUUUGUGCUUGAGUUCACACUAAAUCUUUGAAACCUGCGCAUAUUAUUCAACGUGAUGAGAAAAGCAGUGACUGCAGGUUGAGCGCACUGCUUUAUGAUAGUUGACCCUCCCGAAAUACUGUCAGAAUGUACAAGCAUCGCAUUUGCAAACACUGAGGGGAAGUUAGUCAGACGAAUCUUAUUUAAGCUCCUCUGACACGCGAUAGGCUGAUCCUGCAGAAGAUAAGGAUGAAGCUAACAUCUAAAUGCCUGAACACCAGAGUGAGGAGGAUAUGUUUUAAAUGUUUAAGGUUUGAAACACAAAAUUUGAGUUUUUCUGUUGAUUAUGCGUCGAUCUUUCUUCCACAGCACCAAACGGCUUCCUAAACCUUUUUGAUUUUUUUAUUAGUAUAUUUGUAUCUUCCCUCUUUCCCUUGUAUUUACCCCUCUCUCUACCUCUGUCUUUCCAUUUCUCUUGUAUAUAACCCCCACUGUUUUCAGACUUGUGAGUCUGUAUGAACUCCUUUUAUACCUCAACUUUAGAAUUGUUCUAGAAAGAGUAAAACAAAAGGAAGAAUAUGAUAAAUUGUAGUGUUCUUAUUAGAAAAUUAAUAAAAUGAUUUAGUGUGAUUUUUUUCAGUAUUUGAGUUCAGAUUUUAGAAGUGUUUCAUUUUAUAAUUUGUCACAAAUGCUCUUGUGAUAGUCAAAUGUAAUAAAAGGAGAGAUUGCACCAUCUGAUGAUUAA